UUAUAAGGUCUAUACAUAAAUGAUUCUUAUGUUCCUGAUAUCUUAUAUUCUUGGUAACAGAUUAUCACAGCUCUCUAGAAAAAAGUAAAACAACCAGCCCACUGAAAAAGUGAUGCUUUGUUCAUAUUUUGGCCAUAGGUUUACUUUAAGAAAUAGCACACCCUUCAGGAUGGAAGAAUUUAUCUGCCUCCUAUUGGAUGGGGUACAGAGCUAAGAUGGCUCACUAAAUAAACAUGGGGGACUGGUACUUCCUUGGAGGCAUUCUGGAGGAAGUUCACAUCCACUCCACCAUGAUUGGAAAGAUCUGGCUCACCAUCCUGUUUGUAUUUCGAAUGCUUGUUCUGGGUGUAGCAGCUGAAGACGUUUGGAAUGAUGAGCAGUCCGGCUUCAUCUGUAAUACCGAACAACCGGGCUGCAGAAAUGUAUGCUAUGACCAGGCCUUUCCUAUCUCCCUCAUUAGAUACUGGGUUUUGCAGGUGAUAUUUGUGUCUUCACCAUCCCUGGUCUACGUGGGCCAUGCUUUGUACCGACUGAGAAUUUUGGAGAAAGAGAGACAGAGGAAGAAAGCUCAACUGAGAGGAGAACUGGAGGGGGUUGAGUUUGAAAUGCCUGGGGAUCGCAGGAGACUGGAGCAAGAACUUUAUCAGCUGGAGCAAAGGAAACUAAAUAAAGCUCCGCUUAGAGGAACUUUGCUUUGCACUUACGUGAUACACAUUUUCACUCGCUCUGUGGUUGAAGUUGGGUUCAUGAUCGGACAGUAUCUUUUAUACGGAUUUCAUUUAAAGCCUCUGUUUAAAUGCCACGGCCACCCCUGUCCAAAUAUAGUUGAUUGUUUUGUCUCAAGACCCACAGAGAAGACAAUAUUCCUAUUAUUUAUGCAAUCCAUAGCCACUGUUUCUCUUUUCCUAAAUGUUCUAGAAAUUUUCCACCUAGGUUUUAAAAAGAUUAAAAGAGGGCUUUGGGGACAAUAUAAAUUGAAGGAUGAGCAUAACGAAUUCUAUGUGAAUAAGUCAAAACAAAAUCUUGCCAAAUAUCAAAACACAUCUGCAAAUUCACUGAAGCAACCCUCUUCCGCAUCCGAUUAUAAUCUGUUAGUGGAAAAGCAAACACACACAGCAGUGCACCCUAGUUUAAAUUCAUCUGCAUUUCAGGCAGAUCCUGACAAUCACAGUGGAAACGAUGAGAAAUGCAUUUUGGAUGAACAGGAAACUGCAUUUUCUAAGGAGAUGUGCACAUUUAGUACUACCUGUAGUCAUCUUCAACACAUCGGCUCAACUAAUAAAGAAGACAUUCAUAAAAUAUUUGGAAAAGAAGUUAAUGGUAACCAGUUAAGGGAAAAAAGAGAAAUUGAUGGCAAAGACAGCAAAAGAAACGACUACUGUAGAGGUCACUGUCCUAUUCCAGGUGUUGCUGUAGAUCCGGACAACCACGCCGGGCAGUCAUCCCAAACAGCUUUCUCUCAGCCACCUAAUUGCACCUGGAAACCCAGGUGGCUUCGUGCUACAUGGGGUCCCGCUACAGAAGAUGAAAAACAGGCAUCACCUCCAAAAGGUACCAAUAUCAAGGGCCAGCUCAGAGAGGGCACAAUCAGAACCCUUCCUCCUUCACAGGGAGACUUCCAGCCACUUGACAUUCCAGACACUCCUGAUUCUUUGGGAGAGUUGUCCUUUGAAUCCAAGUCGGUCAGAACCUGCAACAAUCCUACUGCUUGUCCUCCGAAUCGCUUAGUGCUGCUGGCAAACAACCUCAGCGGGAGGCGGGCCCCCACAGACCUUCAGAUCUGAACAGCUGUUGGCUUUUAGACAUUCUACAUAUUUAUUAUCAUAGAAGUAGCCCAGUGGUGGUACAGCACAGACAAAACAAGGGCAGCUCUAAAGACCAGCUGUUUACAGACAACUGCAAACUCAUUUCAAAAAGAGAAAAUGGCUCUAAUUCUGAAUUGGGAAGGGGUAGUUUUAAAUUAAAAGACCUAGUUACCAAAUCAGGAUUACUUUUUCACGGGCUCCCUACAGAAUUAGUGAAAACUGAUUUUGGGAAAAUUACAUGUUCGGAAUCGAGACUAAAUGGUUUGGAACGAGGUUUUUCCUUGAAGGGAGCACAGCCUUGUUCUUAAUCUACGUAAUACCCCCUUUUAGGUACUAAUCUUUUAUUUCUGGACGCUGGUGAAAUUUUGUUUGCCCUGGGACUUAACUUAGUUUCCUUAUAGAUUGCAACCUGAUGUGUCUUGAAUAUAGUCAUAAUGUUGCCAUCUAGUCAAU